CUCGGUUUGGUUCGGUUCGCGGUUAGCCACGGUUCUCGGUUUCUUUCGGUUUUUCGGACGCUUCACUUAAAAAAUUCUCAACUGAAAUUUUUUUCCAUUUCUAUACCAAAUCCUAUACCAAUUCCAAAACCAAAACCAAACCAAAGCCGGGCAGGAGCAACAGAUUCAAAAUGUCGGACUCGGAGUCGAUCUGUCACAAGUGCAAUGAGGUCAUACAGCAGCGCAUCAUUACGGCUCUGGGCAAGACCUGGCAUCCGGAGCACUUCGCCUGCAAGGACUGCCAAAAGCCCAUCACCGAGGCCACCUUCAACAUACAGAACGGAGAGCCGGUGUGCUCCGACUGCUUCGUGAGCAACUACUCGGGCACCUGUUUCGGCUGCAAGAAGCCCAUCCUGGAGCGCACCAUCAAGGCCAUGGAGCAGUCGUGGCACGAGGAGUGCUUCGUGUGCGCCGGUCCAUGCCAGAAGCCAUUGGUGGGCACCUCGUUCUAUGAGCGGGACGGCCGGCCCUACUGCCGCAUCGACUUCGAGCAGCUGUUCGCGGCGCGCUGUGCCGGCUGCAGCCAGCCGAUAACCGAGAAUGCGAUUGUGGCGCUCAAUGCCAAGUGGCAUCGGGAUUGCUUCAAGUGCAAGAAGUGCCUGAAGCCCAUUACAGCGAGCACGUUCGCCGUGGAGGACAACAAGCCGCUGUGCACGGCCUGCUCGGACUAGGAGGUGGCCCAGCGGGGGGCCGGGUGGGCCAGGAGGCAUUACAUUAAUAGAUGUUUCGCUGUAUAUUAUAGAUGUUUAUGGUAUUUGUAGUAUUCACAGUUGUUGAACAAAAAGUUAAAACCUAA